AUGGGUCGUGUCAUUCGUGGUCAACGUAAGGGUGCGGGUUCUAUUUUCACCUCCCACACCAAACACAGAAAGGGUGCUGCUCAAAUGAGACCUCUUGAUUUCGCCGAAAGAAAUGGUUACGUUCGUGGUCUUGUUAAGGAAAUCAUCCACGAUGCUGGUCGUGGUGCUCCACUUGCCAGAAUUGUUUUCCGUGAUCCAUACAAGUACCGUUUAGUUUCUACCCUUAUGGUCGCUACUGAAGGAAUGUACACUGGUCAAUUCAUUUACGCCGGAAAGAAGGCCAACCUUACUGUUGGUAAUGUUCUUCCAGUUUCUUCUAUGCCAGAAGGUACUAUUAUCUGUAACAUUGAAGAAAAGACUGGUGACCGUGGAUCUAUUGCCCGUACUUCUGGUACCUACGCUACUAUUAUUGGUCACAGUGUUGAAGAUGGUAAGACUAGAAUUAAGCUUCCAAGUGGUGCUAAGAAGGUUAUCGAAAGCACUUGCAGAGCUCAAAUCGGUAUUGUUGCUGGUGGUGGUCGUAUUGAUAAGCCACUCUUAAAGGCCGGUCGUGCCUUCUACAAGUUCAAGGCUAAGCGUAACAGCUGGCCAAAGACUCGUGGUGUUGCUAUGAACCCAGUUGAUCACCCACACGGUGGUGGUAACCACCAACACAUUGGUCACGCUUCUACUCUUGGAAGAUCUGCUCCAGCUGGUCAAAAGGUUGGUCUUAUUGCUGCCAGAAGAACUGGUCUUCUCAGAGGUACCAAGGUCGUCAACGAAAAGUAA